AUGGUCCGCUUCCCGCCGCGCGAGCGCAUCCGGCGACCUUUCCAUGACACACGUCUCGAGUACGAUCCCCAACUAUCACAGGUUGAAGGGAUGCUGCUCGGCUGCCCUUCCUGCAAACACCCAUACGAUGGAUUUCCAGGAGGACUCCACGCACCGUUUCGCGUUAUCCGCUGGAAAAAUACGUGGACGCCAUUCGUCGUCAAGUGCUACAGCUGCGUCGAUGAAGAGAAGGCGCGGAUCGCUUGGUGCCUACUCGACCUGACCAAGACUAAAGGCCUGUACAAGCAGUUCAACGGCUACGUCGCCGACGGCCAUGUGACGCCGCCAAAAUGCACACUGUGUCUUCAGGAUUACCUAGGAAAUCGCCAACCGAUGGCAUUGAAGUGCGGCUUCGUCAUGUGCGGCGUGUGCAUCAAAGCCAGGACGUAUGUACCACCAAUAUGCCCUUUCUGCGCCUCGGAUUUCUUCGAUGUAGACCUUCGUGUGGUACACUAUGAUGUACCUCUUACCUGCGUAUAUCGAUCUCUGGUCGUCAAAAUUGCUCUGCACAAUGCUCGCGUUGCCGGCAACAGGCUUCAGCAUCACGCGGAGACUGAAAAACACAAUCAGCCAAGGAAAGAAAUUGCAAACGCCCCACCGAUUUUGUGCGAGAAUUGCUAUAACGCAAGGUCUAUCGAGGACGUCUUCAAAUGCACGGAAUGCGAUGUGCGCGUAUGCGGCGCCUGUGCUUUUCGAUAUCACGCGGAACAUCGCGAAUCUACUGUUGAUCUCCUCGACGUCGAGAUUCAGAAAUUGAAGGGGGAUGUCAUCGCGAACUUCAAGAAUGUCUCUGAUUGCUACAGACGUGACCUUCGCGGGCAUAGCGCAGAAUUGUUCAAGGCCAUGGACUCGCUUGACGUGAAAUUCGGCCGUUCUGCUGAGCGGUUGAACGGCCAGAAGACUAUGUGGCUCGCGGGAGUGACCGGAAAGGAGCUGAACGAGGUGUCGGCCGAUUUCGAGAGCCAUUGCGAGGAGUUGACGCCGGUGAUACGCAAGGUUACGCACCAGAUACAGGAUUUGACUGAUCGACUUGCC